UUAAGAAGAUACAGCCAAGCAUCGGUAUCGCGUGUUGUUGCACGAGUAUCAACACUUUUAGCAUCUCAUGUAGGACGAUAUAUUAACUUCUCUACACAACAGCAUCAAAGGCAAAAUAUGAAUCGUUUUUAUGAGGUAGCAAAUGUUCCUGGUAUAAUAGGAUGUAUCGAUUGCACCCACAUACACAUUUCCAAUCCUGAAGGAGAUAAUGGAGAAAUAUUUCGAAAUAGAAAGGGAUGGUUUUCAUUGAAUGUGUUGUAUCUGGACCUCGCAGAGAAAUUUUGGACAUUGUUGUGAGACAUCCUGGUUCAGCGCACGAUGCUAAAAUCUUUGAUCGGAGCAGUGUUCGAUGUCGUUUCGAAUUAGACCUCCUAGAUGGAAUUUUACUCGGAGAUAGCGGAUAUGCAUGUCGAAGAUAUUUACUAACUCCUGUACUGAGACCUAACAAUAAUGCGGAAAUUCGAUAUAAUAAUGCACACAGCAGGACCAGAGUUAUUGUCGAACAGUUGUUCGGUAUUUGGAAACGGCGCUUUCUGUGCUUAUAUUAUGAUUUAAGAACAAAAUUGAGCACAUCGGUUGCAGUUAUCUGUGCUACUGCUGUUUUGCAUAAUACAUGUAUCCAAUAUGGAUUAGAAGAAAUUGAAGAAGAAUAUGUACAGGAUGAAAUUGUCGAGGAUAUGUUUAAUAUGUUUAAUGGAGAAGAAAACAGAAUUGGACUUACACAUAGAAGAGCUUUUAUAACAAGACAUUUUUCGUAA